AUGAGUUCAUAUUUUGUCAACUCUACUUUCCCGGUGAGCUUAGCCGGAGGUCAAGAACCGUUUCUGGGACAGCUCCCUUUAUAUUCCACCGGGUAUGCGGACCCUUUAAGGCACUACCCCUCCACUUACGGAACUGGGGGUGGUGGAGUGCAGGAGAAAGGUUACCCGGGCGCGCCUUAUUACCAGCAAGCCAACGGAGCUUACAACCGGAGCCCUGCCUGCGAUUACGGGACAUCUGGUUUUUACAGGGAGAAAGAGACCGCCUGUUCUCUUUCCAGCUUAGAGGACCCUGUUCAGUUUGGCCAGGAGCAAGUCCGGAAGUCAGAUUGCUCGCAGAGCAAGCACGUUUUUGGGGAUAGCGAGGAUCAGAAGUGUUCCACUCCAGUGUACCCCUGGAUGCAAAGGAUGAAUUCUUGCAACAGUUCCUCUUUUGGGCCGAGCGGCAGGCGAGGACGACAGACCUACACGCGCUACCAGACCCUGGAACUCGAGAAGGAAUUCCACUUCAACCGUUACUUGACAAGGCGUCGCCGGAUCGAGAUCGCUCACGCGCUUUGUCUGACGGAACGCCAGAUCAAAAUCUGGUUCCAGAACCGAAGGAUGAAGUGGAAAAAAGAAAACAAGCUACUCAAUUCCACUCAGCUGAGCGCUGAGGAAGAAGAGGAGAAAACAACGGAAUGAGAGAGGAGGGAGCGGGGGAAAGCAUGGAAAUGAAGAAGGAAGGAAAAGGAAGGAAGCCGCAAUGCCAACAGUUGCGGGGGCUGCGGAGGGAGGGAGGGAGGCACAACCAAGGCACAAUUUUUUUGGGUAAAAUAUCCGAGACUCUAUGGAGGUGUUAGCCCACCUUCCCUUUGCGCCCUCUCUUGCACCCAGUAAUCGGCCCAGUCAUCACCCAGCUUCUAGUCUCCUUUAUUUUUCUGCCCUUUCUAUUGGUCCCCUCCCCCACCACAUGCGGCUCUCCCCCUCUCUCUUUUAACAUUGAGUGUCCUUCUUAGGAUUCCUGCUAACUCUUGUAUUUAAAUGGAAGUGCUGCAAUAUAUGUAUCAGAUUGGGAGGGGGGGGGGUUAGUUGUCUUCAUUUUGCAAAAAACAAACAAACCCUACGAAAGUAUCGUGCACGAUUUUACUUCUAUGUUGCUUUUUUAUAUAAAAAGUGAAGUUAAUCAACCCCUAGGUUGAAGAGGUUUUUGCCAUUGAAGAGAUUUUUUAAGGGAAAAAAAUGUAUGGAAAAGGAACACUCGCUACCUGAAAAGGCAUGGCAUAAUCAAACCAAGAGGGGUGAUUUUUUUUGUCCAUUUUAUUUUAUUACAUUUUAUUGUACGUGUUGUGUUUGUAGUUUGUGUUAGCUAUGAUGAUAAAAUCCUCUAAUAAAAAAAGCAAACAGAGA